GACAAACAAAAUCCAUCCACAAAUUCAGACGUCGAACGGGAUGAUAACGAAACGAGGACGACCUUCGUUUCCGGGACUGGACAUUGCCGCAGAUAAACCUGUCGUCAAGAGAAGGAGAACUAACGCCGUUCCCAUCGGAGAACGCGCCGCUGGUCGGAAAAGACUGAGACAUCGGUCAACGGGAAGGCCGCCGAAAGUUGACUACUUUGACUGCUUGCCGGACGAUAUCGUCCUCUCUGUUCUCUCCAAACUCUCUUCUUCUGCAGAUUCAUCUGCAGACUUCUUUUCUGCUCUGAUCACAUGCAAGAGAUUCAAUGGGCUAGGAUUCCACCCAAUGGUGUUAUCCGUCGCUUCUCUGAAAAUGUUAGCCGUCAAAGCUGCCAGCUGGACCGGGUCAACUCACCGGUUCCUCAAGCUCUGUUCUGAUGCCGGAAAUGUCGAAGCUUGCUACAUUCUGGGCAUGAUUCGAUUCUACUGCUUCCGGAAUCGAGCAAGCGGCGCAUCGCUGAUGGCUAAGGCGGCGAUUGCAUCACACGCUCCGGCGCUUUACUCGCUGGCGAUCAUGCACUUCAACGGCAGCGGCAGGUCGAAGACGGAUAAGGAUCUCCGGGCCGGCGUCGCGCUCUGCGCCCGGGCGGCGUCGAUGGGGCACCUCGACGCGCUCCGCGAGCUCGGCCAUUGUUUCCAGGAUGGUUACGGCGUCAAGAGGAACGUGGUCGAGGGACGGCGGCUGCUCGUCCAAGCUAACGUCAAUGAAGUUUUCGCCGCUUACGCGGCGGCGGCGCCGCCAGUUAACUCGUGGGAGGCUUUAAACCCCGUACGGCGGUACGACAUCCACGUGGGCGGUGUGGCGAGUUGUCCGUUACUGAGCGAUUUCGGGUGUAACGUCCCCGUUCCGGAGCCCCACCCGGCUAAUAAAUUCCUGACCGAAUGGUUUCUGCCUUUCGCGGGUAUUCCGGGUGUGGAGCUCCGGGUUUGCUGCAACCCGGGCUGUGGAAGACCCGAAUUGCGCCGGCACGAGUUCCGUCGGUGCUCCGUUUGCGGCUCCGUCAAUUACUGCUCCCGCGCUUGCCAGGCCAUGCAUUGGAGGUCUCGGCACAGGUCGGAGUGUGUGCCGACGGUGAGGUGGCCGGUCGCGGGUCUUGAAAAUCCGGCGGUGAAUAUUAAUUGAUAUGGGUACCCUCAUGAAUCAAUUGUAAUGCGAUAGCUUGAUAGGAGAUCGACAAUGACCGGAAUUAGUUUUGAAAAGAAUUGGAUUUAAAUUUUAGAAAAUUUUGCAUGAUAAAUUGAUGAAACUUUGUGAAGUUAAAGUUUGCU